AUGACUCAUACGAACGAAGAGCAAUUUAUCGUUUACAACUUGGGUGCGGCUGUUUUCAGGAAAAGAGGCAAACUUACUCAAGGUAACUACAUAAUCCUUUUAUGUCUUAUGCUAAUUUCCCUGGGAGGAGGAAUACGAAGGCGUGAGGAAAAAAGCAAAAUGUAAGCUACCGCUAAGAUAAUAUAUUUUUAAAAAUUUUACACUAAAAACAUGCUUCCUUGAUACGAGAGUUCUUUGUGGACAAGUUUUAGUAAACACUGAAAAUGGAAGCUUUUUUUCAGAUGAAGACAAAUGGAAAAGCUUGUUUGAUCGUUUCGAAAAAGCCGUCGUUCUCAUGAUUGACCUGUUACAAAAGCAAGCGCAUAUAUCCUGUAAAACCAUACAUAUUACAGUGGUAAACUGGCUCCGCUGGAAUGCACAGACUCUCAGCUCUCCCGACUUCCCAUAUCUUUGACCGCAGAAGAUUAUGUCAUCAGCGGCGAGGGAAUGAAAGGUUUGAUCCAAGACCAGAAACUCACUCUUAAAAUUCUCGAGGAAGGCUCAAAUCUUGGCAAACUUUUAUCGAUCAACAGGUAAGGCAAAAAAGACACCGAAUCAUUGCAUUUAGAGGCCGGAAAUACGAUGAUGUAAGGAAAAUAAAAAUUGUUUUCGUCUGUAAAUCUCCCAGCUCAUUAUUCAGAGAUGUUGACAGCCUUAGGCAGUUUCCGAACCUUAGCAAGAUAAGCAUCAAAGUUGAAGAGGCAAGGUCAAAAUUCCAUUCAAUUUCAAUUUAUGUGAUAUUAGGGUGUCCCAUAAGUCUUGUGUAUUUUUGGGUUUGAGAAUUAAAGUCUCGUUUCGCAGGCCUAAAUGCAGUAGAUUAGCUACCAUACGCAGCUACAGCCAACACUUUCUACUAUUGGAAAAUUGAGUCUGAAAAGCAUGAGUGCAGCAGUUCUCAUGUUAUUUACACCACCACCAAGGUACCCCCGCCCGUGCUGCAGCGCGAAUUAAAAUAACAUCUAGGGCUCUUGUGCGUCCUAUUUUCAUGUUUAAUAGGCGUAAACAUCUGAUUUUCCAAAGUAUAUACCCAUUUUAACAUCAGCAAGCAAAAUUUUUUUUGAUGUCUAGUACAAUAUUGGGGUAGUGCGGGUAGCAGGUGGAUUUUUUGCAGCCUUGCUACAUACGGUUUAAAAGCGCAAUUCCUGAUCUUCAAAACCGUAUGUCUAACAUAUCUCGUAAUGCGUUACAAAGCUCACAGGAAUUCGCACAAGUCAACGACCCCAAAAUACACAAGACUUAUGGGACACCCUAAUACAUUAGAGAAACUUUUUUGCGUUAAAAGUUGACAAACUCUUUUAAGAAAUUUUGAAGAACUUAUUUUUGCAUAGCAACUCUUUUUGCGACCUUUUGCCUCUAAAAUAAAUUGUCAUUCUGUUUCAGGACCAUGAAUGAUCGGAACGUCUAUUUAUCUGCCCGCAAACACAAUACAUACACAUGUAUCUAUCUCCGCUACCUUCAAAUGCAAGCUGGCUCAAACAAGUCUCUCUUCGUAUUGAUCUAUGCCCCAUUAGGGCAACAUUUUCAACAUCAAAUUUUAUUGUUUUAUGCAGUAGUGUGA